AUGUUAGGAGCAAGUAGUAGCGAAGAGGAUGAUGAUGAUUUUGGAGAUGAUCAUGAGGUAUGUUUGAAACAAUCACAUACUGAAAAUGGGCCCUUUUUGAGUAAACUAUAAUUUUAGAAUAAUGAAAAGUAGAUACAAGACCAAAGAAUGGAAACAUGUACGAGUGUUGGAAGUUCUCAAAUUUCUGGAUUUUUGAAAAUAUUCGCUAGUUUUUCAGCGUCCUGUAGGCUCAAUGUUCUUUGAACUCAAUGAAUAUUUCAUUCAGAUUCAGAUAAAAUCUGAAAAUUGUGACUAAAAGUAUUUUUAUUCUGAAAUACAGUAACCUGAAGAAUUGCUGCCAAACCCUAAAGUUUGCAAAUACCGUAACCCAUUCAAUUUCACAACAAAAAUCCAAAACAAAAUAAAUGUUUAUCAUAAAAUUGACGAUUUCCGCCUCCGCAAAACCCUCUCUGAGCCACCGUAUUCCACCAAAACAAACAAAUCAUUCUCUUGAAAAGCACCCCAAAAUUAAAAUACAUCCAAACAUGUCAUCCAUUUUUCACUCACUCCACAUUCAUCCCUUCAUCCCCUUUUUAUCCCCUCAAUUCCUUUUUCUUUCUUCCAGGUGCACACGAUUACACCAAGUGGUGGUGGUGGAAAUAAAAAACGAUCACUACUAUCUGGAGCAAUUUCACCGCGCAGCAAUUCGCCGGCUCCAUCCGAUUCUGUAUCACAGACAAAUUCAUUGAAGCGAAAUAAUUCGAGUAGUGCUGUAAGGCGAAAAGAUUCAAUUCAAUCACAAACGCCAGCAAGAUCUGUGAGUUGAUUUUUGGGAAUGUUUUUGAGUUAGAAAAUCUCGGGUUCCAUCGAGUUCUAUGCAGUUUUUUAGAACUGAACGGAACUCGAUUUCGGAAAGUUCUGAAUUGAAUUAUGGAUUAGAAUUAAAGUUUGUCAUGUUCAUAAUAUGUCCUUCAGGUUGUAUUCUUUCUAAAAAAAUUUUAAUUUAUUGGGAUUAUGAAUAAUUCGCUUCUUCAAUGGGAAUUUUUCCAAAAAAAAAAUUAAAAAUCAUCAAAAGUCAAUAAUUCAGCCAAUGAGAAUGAAUGCGCCAUCUCCGGUGCCGCCCGUAAGUUUAUCCAUCUAAAAACUCAAAAUAUUCUACCAACUUCUAAGCAUGUCCUAUUUAUUUUGACUAACACAAUGUAAUACUCUCUAACAAAAGCAAGCCAAGCAACAAAAAAAACAUGAAAUGAAAUUCGAUGAUCUGAAAUUCGAGUCAUUUUGGCGCGUUUCACACUAAAAGCUAAUAUUAAUUCUACUUAUUCGUUUUUGUUUUAGAAUGUUUUCCAGGGAUGUUGUGUACCUCUAAAUUACUGUCUAAUUAUCUAUUCAUUUUUUGAUUCAGGGAAAAUAUAAUAUAAGUUAUUUAGGCUCGAACAAUGUCAUCGGUUUCUCGGCCGAUAAUGCAAAGUUCACAAGAAAUGUCGGGAGAUGAAGAAUAUGAAGAAGAAAUUGCACCGCAACAUCCAUCUGAUGAACCAGCUUUGAGUAAAGAAGAACAAGAAAGAAUACGGUAAGUUUGAGAUAGUAAAUCGGUGAUCAGAUGAUUCUUUGAAAAAUAUACAUUUUUAUUUUGUGAGAUAUGAUUUUUUCUUAGAAUUCUGAAAAUCUCAGCCCUUUUCAAAUAUUCAAAGUUUUUUUUUCCAGUGCUGAAAAAGAAGAAGAAGAUCAUAAACGAAAUCUUCAAAUGUAUGUAUUUCUAUCUCGUUGUAUAGCUUAUCCUUUCAAUGGUCAACAAACUGGAGAUAUGGCUAGAAGACAAGUGAAAGUGAAUAAACAAGAAUUGGCUAGAAUUCGAGAACGAUUUCAUUCAUUUCUUAAAGGCGAAACAAAUAUUGCAGCAGAUGAAGCAUUCACAAAAGCGAUUCAGAGUUAUUUUGAAGUUUUUCUGAAAUCUGAACGGGUACAAAAAGUUGUUCAUGCUGGCGGAUUUUCGCAACAUGAUUUUAGAGAGGUUCGUUUUUGGCUUUUUAAUUGUUUGGUUUGAAUUUGGUUGGGGGAAGGAAAAGAGAAAAGAACAGAUUUAAUUUGAUUCAAUUUCAUUUUGCUCGGACAUUUUGUUUUGUAGAAACAAAUUAGGGGAACAUCGAUAUUUUCCAGAAAUAAAACUAGAAAAACAUUUCGGAACUUGAGUAAGAAUUGAGUUUUUUGCAGGUGUUUCGAUUAAAUAUUGAAAAAAGAAUUCGAUCGCUUCCUGAUAUCGAAGGAUUAUCAAAAGAAACUGUUCUGAAUUCUUGGCUCACAAAAUUUGAUGCAAUUAUCAAAGGAGAUGAAACAGAUCAGAAUAGGAAUGCAAGGUUAGAUAACGGCACUUUUUAACUAAAACUUUAACUCCAACUUUGUUUUCCAGAGGUCGUGUUCGAAAUGCUCAAAAUCAAGUGAACGCUGAUGCGGUUUUAGGCAAAGAGCAACUUUAUGAUGUGUUCCAACAAAUAUUGGGCGUGAAAAAGUUUGAACAUCAAAUCAUUUUCAAUGCUUUGCAAUUGGAUAAUCCGGAUGAACAAGCAGCUGCGAUUCGAAGAGAAUUUGCGACUAGAGAAGAAGCUAUCAAAGAUAUUAUGAGGGUAAGUGAAUAUUUAAAAAAAAAAAAGAAGAAGAGGGAAUCUGAAAAAAUAAAGUUUCAAAUAAAUUCAGUGGGAAAUUUUUGAAACUAUGUUAUUUCUCAGCCUAAAAUUUCAACUUCAGAUGCGAAAACUGAUGCCAAAAUUUGUUGUCAAAGACAUGGAAACAUUAUAUAUGGAUGAAGUUCGAAUGUCAAUAAAUCAAUUAAUUUCAAAUCUCGAAACAGUUCCAGUAACAACACGUGGACAAACUGUUGGAAAACGAAAAGACAAAAAUCGGUGAGUAUUUUCGUUAUCUAGAUAUUUGAAUCUAUUUCUUGGUUUUUUCCAACAAAAAAAAAAUUGUAAAAAUUCCAGAAAUCAAAAACAAACUAAGCGGUAAGAAGCACAUGGUUUUGUAAACAAAACACGUUUUUUCGAUUUUUCUCUCCUUUUCUUUGAACUUCUACUAACGGUUUUCCGAAAACUUUAUUUUUACUUCUACCCUGAUCUGGCUAAAACAUUACUUCUCCUCUAUCAAAACCUCUUCCUAUUUUUUAUUUUUUUGUUUUUUGUUUUACAAAAGGGAGUAUUUUCGGAAUCAGCUGAAAAAGUAUUUUGAAAUUUUGAAGAAACUGAGAGCUUUAAUUCCGAGUAGUCUGCAUUCUAAAAUAAGCUUAUCUCCAUUGUUCAGAUGAAUUCAAAAUUAAUUUUCAGCAGCUCCGGUUCCGAAAAAUUUCCCAUGUAUUCUCAAACAAAAAACAAAAAUUUCAUGAUUUUAUUUGUUUUUUUUCUGCAAAAUUCCUCCACACACGAACCUACUCACAUUUUCCAUUUCCAACCUGUUUUUUUCGAUCACACAAGGCACAGAACGCAAAAAACAGACGCAAAAAUUGACCAAAACUUUUUUUAGAUCUCGAAGUAUAGAGGAUUUGUCGCUGUUCAACAGGUUUGUUUUUGCCUCGACUAUAUAUCAAUAUAAUCUUAUUGAACUGCUUGAACAAAAGUUUUUUUCUGAGAAAAAUCUGCUUUGAACUCUAUCGCUUGCGCAAAAAUAUUGAUUUUUUCCUUGAAAAUCACAAAAACAAAAAAUGCUCUCGGCAUGCUUUGGGAAUUCACAAAACACUAACAGUUUUUUUCCUUCAUCAAAACAGACCCAUUUUUAUCCUUUUUUACUUGUUUAUUUAUACUCAUUCACUUUUUGUAUGCAAAAAUGCUUUUUUUGGGAGAAAUAUCUAUGAAUUUUGGACUUAUCCACUCGGGAAAAAUCCCGCAAGUGCCGGCAAGAAUUGAAGUAGAGCCGCAAUGGCUGCGGGUGAAGCCGCCGUUGUUGCGGGGGAAAGACAAGGGGAAUGUGAGAGAACGCAGACGCUCGCUACUUUUUGUCUGUCUACCUGUGCUCUCUCACACUUCCCUUGUCUUUCGCCCGCAACAACGGCGGCUUCACCCGCAGCCAUUGCGGCUCUACUGCAAUUCUUGCCGACACUUGCGGGAUUUUUCCCGAGCAGAUGGCUGGAUAGGAACAAUAUUUCAUAUUUAUUUAGCAUGAACUGGUUGUGAUGUGAUAAAUUCAUUGAUUAUCUAAGAGGUUAUUUUUCAGCCUAAAACGACGAACAAGUUCGGGAAGUUUGAAUAAAGCGGAUAGUGAUGAUGGAGAUGUUACCCUAACAAAAUCAGAUGUAUCAUUGGCAUUGAGUAUGGAAGUUGUUGUGAUGGAAGUUCAGGGAUUGAAAUCUGUUCAACCAAAUAAAAUAGUUUAUUGUACGAUGGAAGUUGAUGGGCAUAAAUUGCAGACUGAUCAUGCAGAAGCAUCCAAACCGAAGUGAGUUAUUUGAAAUUGAAGAAAUUAUAAAUGGAUUAAAUUGUUGGGUUUUCAAAUUCUAGAGAUAUGAAAGGAAAAUUAUUACUUAGCUAUGAUGUGAGAAGAAUUAUUUCCUAAAAUUCCAAAAAAAUUCUGUCAUUUGAAUUUUUUAAACACUUUAAUUUUCAGAUGGGAUACACAAGGAGAUUUCUCAACUAAAAAUCCUUUACCGGUUGUCAAAGUGAAAUUAUACACCGAAGUCAAAUCAAUAGUCGCAUUCGAAGACAAAGAAUUAGGAAAAGUAAUUAUUCAACCAACACCAAAUUGUUCUCGAACUCCCGAAUGGUAUACAAUGACACUUCCAAAAAAUAGUCAAGAUCAAAAUCUCAAAAUUCGAAUAGCAAUUCGUGUUGAAAAACCGCCAAAUCUAAAAUAUUCUGGAUAUUGUUAUUGUAUUGGUCGAAAUGCUUGGAAAAAAUGGAAAAAACGAUUUUUCUGUUUGGUGCAAGUUUCACAGUAUGCUUUUGCUGUUUGCAGUUUUCGACAAAAGAAAUGUGAUCCAACUGAAUUUAUACAAUUAGAUGGAUUUACGAUUGAUUAUAUGCCAGAAGCUGAUCAAGAAUUGACUGCGCAAGGUGGUAAACAUUUUUUCACUGCGAUAAAAGAGGGUGAUGAAUUGAAAUUUGCAACUGAUGAUGAAAAUGAAAGACAUCUUUGGGUUCAAGUGAGUAUUUUUUGUUAUAUACAGUAAUCCAUUGAUCAACACAGAAUAUUUCCAGGCACUUUAUCGCGCAACGGGUCAAGCUUAUAAACCAGUUCCACCAAAACAAUCAACAAUUGCACCAAAAGCUCAAGGUUUCCAAGAUAAAGCAAGUAAACAUGGAAUGGAUGCUUUGAUUCAAGCAGAAUCUAUAAACUUCGAUCACGAUCAUUUGUUUUCUGAUAUUCAGAAAUUAACAUUAAGUUUUCGAAUUAAUGAACAAAUUUGUUCUUUGGGUUGGUUUUCACCUGGUCAAGCAUUUGUUUUGGAAGAAUAUUGUGCAAGAUAUAUGGUUCGAGGAUGUUUUCGACAUGUUACACUUUUAUCAAAUUUAUUGGAUAAAGCUGAUGAUGGAUUAUUGAUUGAUCCAGCUCUAAUUCAUUAUAGUUUUGCAUUUUGUGCAUCACAUGUUCACGGAAAUCGAUGUAUGCCAGAUAGACAAGGACCUGAAGGAGUUGGAACUGUUACAUUAGAAGAAAAAGAAAAGUUUCAAGAGAUCAAAGAAAGACUUCGAGUUUUAUUAGAAAAGCAAAUCACAAAUUUCCGAUAUUGUUUCCCAUUUGGAAGACCUGAAGGAGCACUUAAAGGAACUCUUAGUUUAUUAGAACGAGUUUUGAUGAAAGAUGUUGUUUCUCCGGUUCCACCAGAAGAAGUUCGAGCUGUUAUUAGAAAAUGUUUGGAAGAUGCUGCACUUGUGAAUUAUACGAGAAUUUGUAAUGAAGCCAAAAUUGAACGUAUGUUUUUUUUUGUUUGAAAAAAAUGAGUUUGAUAUUUAUCCUAAAUAAUUUGUACAAACUCCUUCUUUGUUCAAGUUGUUUUCCGAAAAAUUGUUCCAGAAAAAAUAUUCAGAAUAAAUAUGAGAUUUUUACCCAAAUAUUUUUUCAGAACGUAUGGGAAUUGAUGUGAGUCCACAACAACGAAUCGAAGAUAUGAUCCGAGUCACCGAAUUUUGCAUCGAUUUGCUCAAGGAAAAUGAGGAGCAUCAUGGAGAAGUGAGUUUUCAUCAACAAAAAAUUCCAGAAAGAAUAUUUCAGCUUUCAACUACUUUUUAAUGAUCGCAUGAUGAUCUCUCUCUCUCUCUUUUUCUAACCCCUUUUAACCCAAAAUAACAACCCAUUUUAGCAACUUCGAGGGGUAUGUAUCUACUUCUUCUUCUUCUUCCGAAUGUCUAUUCGUUUGUUUCUAUUUGUGUGCAGCUUUAGUUUUUAUUUUAUCCGCUUCUUUUUUUAUUCAAUUCAAAAAAUACUAAUCAAUAUAUUUUUACCCUGUUUUGCUUCACUUUUUCCUUAUUUUUUUUUCAUUGGGAAUUUCUUCCCGGAAACACUUUUAAUUUUUUUUUGAAGUGAGCAACACCAAUAGCUUAACACAUUUGUUUUCUAAAAAUAAGAAUCUUUCUAUUUUCAGGCUUUCGCAUGGUUUUCCGAUUUGUUAUCCGAUCAUUCCGAAAUAUUUUGGUCUUUAUAUUCAGUGGAUCUUGAUGCUGCGCUAGAAGUUCAACCACAUGAUAGUUGGGAUUCUUUUCCACUUUUUCAAAUGUUGAAUGACUUUUUAUUGUCAGAACGUGAGUAUUUUAGAAUAUUCAGGAGAUCAAGAAACUCAUGAGUAUUUAUUUUGAACUUGAAAAAUCGUAUAUCGAAAAAUUUGAAAAAAAAAAUUAUAAAUGUUUUAGCAUCUCUAAAAGGCGGAAUAUUCCACAACAAAAUCGUUCAACAAUUCCAACCUCUCGUUGUUCGAUAUAUCGAUUUAAUGGAACAUUCAAUCGCUCAAUCAAUCGAUAAAGGAUUUUCGAAAGAAAAAUGGGAAUCGAGAAAAGAAGGAUGUGCAACAUCAGAAGAUAUUUAUUGGAAACUUGAUGCUCUUCAUACAUUUGUUAUUGAUUUGAAUUGGCCAGAAGAAGAAUUUCGAAAAUAUUUACAAAAUCGAAUGAAAACUUUGACUUCUGAAAUGAUAUCAAAAGUAUCGAAUUGCACAUUUCAAGCAUUUGAUAAUUGGAUGCAAAGAGCAAGAAAAACAACAGAUUAUAUGUUGCCAUCUGAAGUUUGUGUAAUGAUAAAUGUGAUAUUUAGUUCGAAAACUAGAGCAGUUCGUGUAACUGUUGAUUCUGGAGAGUAUAAAUAUCAAUCAAAACUUGAUGAAACACUUGAAACAAUGUUGAAAGAUAUGGAAGCUUGUAUUCAAGAUAAAUUAUCGGGAGUUUUGGAAAGUGUUUUAUCAAGAUUAGCAAGAUAUGAUGAAGGAAAUCCGAUUGGAGCAAUAUUGAAUAUUGCGGUAAGAAAAUUAAUAGGGAAAUUAUGAAUUUAAAGAAAGUGAAAUAAUUUCAGCCCAAACCUGCAUCAAUUUUCAACAAACUGAAAACAAUGACUGGUGAUACAUCAGCUCAAACAACUGCUACAGCUGUAAGUUUUUUCCCAUGAAAAAUCUGAUUAUAUAGAAAAAAAACUAGUGAAACAUUUUCUACUUAUGUUUUCAAAUUAUGUAAUAAAAAUAGAAAAUCUAGAAAAAUGGUUGUUUGAUCUCUCAUCCAAAUUUCAAUUUUGCAGAGACAACCUCUAACCGCUCAACAAUCAUCCGGCCAAAUCGGUAAUUCCUACGUGGCUUUUAUGCGUGGUUGCAAUGAACUUCUUCGACAAGUUGUAAUCGACGAAAUCUGGGUGAAUUGUCUUUUCGAACAUUGGUAUGAUCAUCAAAUGAAAGCAAUCAAUGAAUGGUUGACUGAAAGAUUGCAACAAUCAUUGAGUUCAACACAAUUCACAUCACUUUCAACGAUUGUCAAAAAAGUAUAUUCGGAUUUUGAAUUACAAGGAAUUGAUGAUGAACGAUUGAAUAGUAAAACAUAUCAAUCAAUUAGUCGAAGAUUACAACUCGAAGAAUCGAAUUCGCAUAUUCAAGAAGGUAUUUGGAUAAACAAAACAUAAUGAGAAUGAAGGGAGAAAUUGGGUUAAUAAAUAAAAUAUUUCUGAAACUUUCUAAAAAAAAUAUGGGAUCAGAAUCAGAAAUGUUCUGGAAACUAUGAUAAUCCAGAAAAUACAAACCAUUCCUUCAGAAACUUGAAUGAAUCAAAUUUCGGCUAACUUCUUUUCGAAUCUAUAAAUCUUUCAGGUGUUGCAAAUGGCUCAACUUCUUCAGUAUUUCCAACAUCUUUGGGAAAUGCAACAGCAGCUGUUUCAAAUAUGUCAAGUAUGGUGGAAGGCGCUGGCGCCAAAAUGUUCUCACUUUUCAAAUAG